AUGGCUGCUCCUAUCAUAUAUGAUGCUCUCGUUGUCGGCGGCGGUCCAGCUGGUAUGGCCGCAGCUCUGGGUCUAGCCCGCGUCUGUCGCACUGCCGUUGUCUUCGACUCGGGCGAAUAUCGCAACCAUGGCGCCAAGGAUAUACACAACUUCGUCACUCGAGACGGCACUCCUCCUGAAGAAUUCCGAGCUAUCGCUCUGCAGCAGCUGGACAAGUACAAGGAGCACGUCUCCUUCGUCCGUAGCACAAUCAUCCACGUCUCAAACACGGAUGUCGCCCCUGACUUGAAAGGAUUCAAAGUAGUUGAUAGCACUCAAACCGAGUUUCUUUCUCGAAAGCUGUUACUUGCGACGGGUGUUGAAGACGUUUUGCCGACAGACAUUGAAGGGUACAAAGAGAACUGGCCUGCUCACAUCUACCAAUGUCCAUUCUGCGACGGCUUUGAGCGGAGGAGCUACCCCAUUGGCAUCCUUACCUUCCCCAACCCUUCUUACUCUCACCUGGCUCUUAUGCUCCGCCCCUUGAACAGAGACAUCACCAUCUACAGCAACGGCCCCGUUCCGACCGACGAGCCCACCCAGGAAGCCCUGAAGACGGUUCUGGCUGCUGGUGUAAAGCUAGAUGAGCGCCCUGUGCGCCGCCUCAUCAACAACGGGGAUGACCCAGCCAAUGGAAUCUCAAUCGAGUUCACCACCGGCCUACCUGUGAAACUAGGUAUGCUGUAUCAUCGGCCCCCCACGCGAAGCCGAGCCGCCAAUUUGAUCGAGCAGCUGGGGCUUGAGACCAACCCCAUCGGUGACGUUAUAACGGAUGCCAUGAUGCUCAAGACAAAUGUGCCUGGCUGCAUUGUGGCAGGCGAUACGCAGGAGAAUAUGAAGCAGGCUACUGUAGCUGCUGCCACUGGUUCGCGUGCUGCUGCAUCCGUUGUCUUCCAGCUAGCUGAUGAGGAUGGUAAGCGGGCUUUGGCCGAGGCUCACCUUUGA